AUGUCGGCCGAGGUAGCGUCAGCUGCAGAGCCAGAGGCCACUUGCAGUGACGCUGCGACCGCCGACGCUGCUACCGUCUCAACCAGGGUCUUGUGUUCCAGCCACCAACUACAGCGCCCACAGCAUGCACAGGACUCAGUACAGGCCCAGAAUACCGCUGCUCCAGCACACCUAGACCUGGGCUUCUCUGACGUCUCCAACCCGCAACUUUUCCAGUUAAACCCGCCCUCCCACGUUGUAAACAACAACAACACCGUCGACACCACCCAAAACAAACUGCCGACCGACUACAAACCGCCCGCAGCCGCAGCCCACGACCACCCGACAACUUCGCAAUCCGCAAGCACUACACCGUUCGGCUCGCCCAAAACAACCAAAACAAAACAAACUCGCAAACCCUCGCCCAACCUCGCCGCGCGAUUGAAAGCGCUUGGCUUCACCUCUCACAAGAAAUCAGCAAACCACGAUCUUACGCAGCAAGACCACAUUGGGCGUUUGCCUGAAGAUCAGAUCCGCCAAAUCGACGAGAAUCACAAGGCGAGUUCCCUCGGGUCCAGGAUCCAUCGUCGCGGUCGCCCGUGGAAGGGCAUCACAUCAUCCGACGAUCCGAGACCAACAACCGCAUCCUCGACUGCCUCGAGAGAAGAGCCCUACACUGGGGUAUCGUCGUCCUCACUAGACGUUGCCCAGGGCGCGUCUCUCGUCUUACCCGAGAUCACAACAACCGAACCUUUGGACAUGGAGACACAUAAAUACCGCCUGCCCGACCACACUAAUGGAAACGGCACCAAGGUCCAACUCGAAACUCGACGCGAACAUCUUGAACGCAGCGCCGCUCAGUCCCCCUCUGAACAACCACCACCUCCGCCUCCGAAAGACACGCCGCCCAUUCCUGCAACCGAGUUCACCCCCGACCUUGCGUCAUACUUCAACCCCGGCCAUCAGCGACCUGGUUCCAUUUACACGCUUUCACGCGCGUCCUUCGCUAACCAGCUUGCUCAACUCACGUCACUUCAACUUCCUGAUGCCGAGUCCUUGUCCAGCAAGGUGUCUGCCAUCCCAACUGCACAAGUCGCAUCAAAAGCUCUCAUCAACGCCGCCGAACAAAUCAGGAGCUGGAUUUACAAGGCAUCGGAGGUCAUCAGUGGCCUGGACAGCGACGAUGACGUCGAGUGGGCCGCCGCGGGUGGCCGAGAGGGACUGGAGGAAGUCGAAAAUGCCAUCCAUCGUUUUGAGAAGUUGAUCAAAGUAUACGUGGGUGCCAUCGAGGAGCUACAAGGCCGCGAAGACAUUGGUAACGUGUCGCCCGAAGACCUUCAUCGCGCCGUGUCCCAAAUGGAGUCCAUUAUCGAAGAGUGGGCCAAUAUCAAAGCGGCGCUGAACACCGUCAAAGGACAGGUCGAAAUUGCGAUGGAGUGGGAAGAGUUAUGGAACAAUGUUCUUGGUGAUAUCCAGAGCGAGAUGGACGAGCUGAGCCGUCUGGUUUUCGAGAUGGAGGAACGCCGCCACAAGUCUUUGAUGGCUGCUGCUGGCGGCGAUGGCGUCGACAUCGGAGACCUCGAGAACAUUGUUGACGACACUCCUCCGCCCAUGACCAGGACACAGGCGCAAAACCGCUUCAGCCUUACUGGCCUGCCGCUAAGCCCCGGAUCAACCUCGCCAGGAACGCCCACCCUGUCGCAAGACGACUCAAGUCUGUUAGCCCUGUUCGCCCGAAUGCAGCCAUUGCGCGCAUCACUGGACUUCCUGCCCAUGAGACUCGCCGUCUUCGCCGCUCGAGCGGAGAAGUCUUUCCCUACCGCCUGCGAAGAGUUGGAUAUGCGACGAACCGGUCUUGACGGGAGCUACAAAAAGCUGGAAAAGGAUGCCGAAUCUCUCCGCAAGGAAUUGGGUGAAGACCGUUGGGUUAUUGUCUUCCGCGGCGCUGGAAGACAGGCUCAGAAGAUGAUCGAGUCGGUCGAGAGAUCGAUGCUCAAGCUUAGGGAGGCUGUCGACGCCGGCAUGCAUCUGAGCAACCCGCCCACGAUGAUAAAGAAAAUCGAGAGCUAUGACGCCAAGAAGACGCAUUACGGUCCAGCCAUCGAGCGCGUUCUUGCCAUCAUUGACAAGGGUGUUAAGGACCGGUUGACAGUCAACGGCGAGAUCCUGCGCCUGCAUGCUGAAAUGCAGUCCAAGUGGGACUCACUCAAGGACGAAAUGAAAGAGAUGGACGUGGUUGUGGACGAGGUGCAGGCGGAUACCCGCGGCCAGCAGUUGAGAGACUCCAUCUCCAGCAUGUUGUCGAAUGAUCGCUCAACAAUAGGCAGCGGCCGCGAUACGCCAGGGAGCUCUCCGCCCUCCUCCGUCAUCAUGUCGAGCCUCGGGUUUGAGCCCACGACUCCUGCCAAUAAGUUUGCCAAGAACCGCUCGAUGAGCACCAACAGCCAUCUGCCACAGCCAUCUGUCAUCGUUGCCGACGCCGUCUUCACAGCUGUCGCGCAGGCCCUUGAACUCUCGACUGUCAAACAUGCCGUCCAGGCUCGGCACACCGUCCGCAGGCAACAUCCCCAGACCUCAGUCAACUCAACCCAACCGUCCCAGAUGGAACAGCUCGACCAACACCUCGGACGUUGGCAUUGGUCACAACUUCAAACCUCUGACCCUCACAUGUCCCAGCCCCUAUGCCAAGAAGACGUCCCCCGUUGUACGGCCACCGUCCUCGUUGACCCCCGGGACAUGCUCACCCGGCGGCUCGAGGGCGCCGAACCUCCGUACUCCCUUACUCGGGAGUCAUCCGCAUCACCCAUGCCCGAGGACACGCCCACUAAGCGAGCCCCCUCGAAACUCUCCUUCCGUGAGCGCUUGGCGUCGCCUGGGCCGUAUUCCCAGCAGACCCUCUCCAAACCACGCUUGUCCUCGUCCGUCUCUACCUCGGGCCUCGAGUCCCAAUCGAGCCGCCGUGCAUCUCUGCAACCACCCAAGCUACACUCUUUUGCCGAAAGAACUGUACCUAGCCGCCCUGCGAGCUCCCUGGCAUCCACUCGACGAAACAGUCUUUUGCCGCAGCCCAAGGCCAGCAGCGUGAUGAGUGGCAGGGAAACCCCCCUGGGGGGCACAACUUCGCGAAACACCACGCGCAAAACUCUUCCCGAGCUGUCGAAGAGCACAGCGAACAACAAUAACAACAACAACAAGCCCCGGUGGAGGGGUUAG